AUGGCUGUACUGCCUCCAGACAAGCCACCUCUUGGGCAUGACUAUUCUUAUGCACAAAGAAAGAUCAGUCUCCAGUCAUCCAAAACAUCCAGACGCCUUAAUCAAAUCGACCAAAUCCGCGCGAAUGGCGUUGGCGACCACAUCGCGCUACCACAAUUGGUAGUUUGUGGAGACCAAUCCGCAGGGAAAAGUUCGGUCCUCGAAGGGAUUAGCGGCAUACCAUUUCCUCGACAGGAUGGGCUUUGCACUCGAUUCGCAACAGAAAUCAUCCUCCGACAUGAAUGUACAGAUAUCAAAACUACAGCAACUAUUAUACCUAAUUCUUCCAGAAGUGAAGAAGAAAAACGUCUCUUGAGUGCUUAUCACCACGUUCUCCACGACUUUACCGAGCUGCCAAAUAUCAUCGAGGAGGCGGCGAAGCUCAUGGGGGUACGUGGCAUUGAUGCACAGGCUGAGGGUCCGGCAUUCGCAGCCGAUGUUCUUAGGCUUGAGCUCGUUGGCAAUACGGGCCUCCACCUUACCAUCGUGGAUCUUCCUGGGCUCAUAUCAGUCGCUCAGUCUGAAGAAGAUGUGAAGAUUGUCGAGAAGAUGGUAGACUCCUAUUUGCAACACUCUCGGACCAUAAUUCUUGCAGUCAUACCGGCAACCAGCGAUGUUGACACGCAGGGCAUCAUCCAGCGUGCGAGACGUUUUGAUGAAAAUGGUCUCCGGACCGUCGGAAUCAUUACCAAGCCAGAUCUCAUCAACGCUGGCACGGAGGCACGUAUCGCUCGGCUUGCCAAGAACUGCGACCGCACCAAACUCACCCUUGGGUUUUUUAUCCUGAAGAACCCCAGCCCGACGGAGCUGAAGGCAGGCAUGACCAUAGAAGAGCGACGUAAGACAGAACUAGCGUAUUUUUCCACCGAGGUUUGGAAGAAACAGGGGCUGGAUCCUUCUCGAGUUGGAGUCGACAAGCUGCGAUGUUUCCUGGAAGAAAUUCUUGACAGCCACAUCGAGCGCGAGCUACCCAAAGUCCGCGAAGAUAUACGACGUCUUCUCCGGGAGAAAAACGAAGAGCUCGAUGAACUUGGAGCGGAACGGAAGUCUCCAAACCAGAUACGCAUGUUCCUGACAAAGAUGGCCACUAAUUACUACAAUAUCAUUCAAGCUGGCGUUGAUGGAUCAUACGGCGGCCGUGAUGCAAGCUUCUUUGAAAUACGAGACGGGCGACUCUCAGCUCGACUCCGUGCUGCUAUUCAUAUAGAAAAUGAAAAGUUCUCCGACGAUAUGAGGCAGCAUGGCGAAAAUCGAAAAAUCGUCCCAUCGGACCACCCAGAUGUCGGCAAAGACAAAGGUGGACAACAUUUCGUGACGAAAGAAGGGAUGCUUGAAUGGAUUCGACAGGUAUAUGAUGAAACGAGGGGUCAGGAGUUACCGGGCAACUACAACCAAGCUCUCCUGGCGGAGUUAUUUCAUGUGCAAUCAUUGCGAUGGGCUGAUAUUGCUCGAGAACAUAUCUUAGUCGUCUCUAAGAUCGUUUUUCAGUUCGUAAAUGCCGCGCUGGCUUACGCUAUCAGAGAUGGGAAGGUUCGUGAAAAUAUUGGUCGCCUAGUGAGCACCACGUUGGAGGCAAAUGUUGAAGCCGCGGAACACGAACUAGAAAGAAUACUUCAAGACGAGACUCGACAGCCAAUCACGUACAAUCAUUAUUAUACGGACAAUAUCCAGAAUGCGAGAAACGAAGCCUCGAAGAGCCUUAUUGAGGAUUCUGUGCGUGAUGCGAUCCGAAAUGACUGGGACGGUACUCUCCACUUGCAGAACACAGAAAAAGACUGUGUUAGAUUGGUGUCAUCCCUCAAAAAGCGUGUCAUCGUCGAUAUGAAGGAGCAAGCAUGUUCUGAAGCAAAGACUGACUUGACUGCUUAUUACAAGGUUGCACGUAAAACAUUCGUGGAUAAUGUCUGUCGUCAAGUCAUUGAGCGACAUAUCCUAGCCCGGUUGGCUGAUGCGUUCAGUCCUAUGACGGUUAGCUUGUAUUCGGAAGAGGAGCUUAUCAACUUGGCGAUUGAGUCUCCGCAAAUUUGUCACCUCCGUUCGGAUGCUCGCCGGCUUCAAGCUGCUCUAGAGCAAAGCCUCCGUGAUUUAGCUGGAUAG